ACCGCCGAUCCCAAAUACCGUAGGUCCGUACCUUUUAGUGUGACUGCUUUCAUCAAAUAUCACGUUAAGACCCCCAAUUUCACCUACCAUCUCAACCGCCACGCCCUUGUACCAUUAACACAAGCAACUCCACUCUUAUCAACAACAACAUCUCUCUACACAAAUGCCAUCCUCAAAACGACACAGAGUAUCAGAAGACGAUCCCCUCACUAGAGCAAUUGCACCCUCUUCAUCAGAAACACCUCCAGAGAGAGAGCAGCGACUAGCAGCGGAACAAGAAGCAAAGCGCGUUUCUGAUGCCAUUGAUGAAGAGCUCAACAGACAACGUAUCUCAGAGAAGAAGGGUCCUAAAGCAAUCAAGAUAUUGCUACUAGGUCAAAGCGAAUCCGGUAUGUACCAUCUCCCUCACUCUCACUCCUCAGCUCACCCGGGGAGUCUUGCAGGCAAAUCGACAACACUGAAAAACUUCCAACUCAUGAAUUCUCCUAAAGCCUUUCGCUCAGAACGUGCUUCAUGGAGAGCAGUCAUCCAACUCAAUGUCGUUCAGUCUAUCCACGCAAUCCUGGACCUAAUGUCCAAGGCACAUUCCUCAGCCCACAACCCUUCAAACUCAAUAACUCUCGUCUCAACCUCCUCCUCUUCUCCACACAAUACACCGCCCAAGGAAUACCCCCCACUUAACCCAGAACAUCUCAAGCUCAAGAUGCGCUUAGCCCCAUUGCUACAGGUCGAAGCCGCAUUAAUGAAGAAGCUUCUUCCCAAUGGUCACCUCCAGCUCGCACAAUUAGCUAAUCCUGCCCACUCCCUCCCUCUUCAGCAAGAAAUCAGCGUCAACUCUUCUGCAGGCUGGAAGAGCACCUUCAGUCGACUCAUAGGAAGAAACAGUUGUGACAGUGCAGAUCUAAUCGACUGGUCAGACCCAGACGAUCCUGGCGUAGUCUUGAAUGCGUGCGCAGAAGACAUGAAACGACUUUGGACGGAUCCUAUCAUCAAGAAAUUGAUGGACGUUGAGAAGAUGAGGCCUGAGGAGAUGGCUGGCUUCUUCCUUGAUGCACUGGAUCGCGUGACUUCGCCGCGGUACAUACCUACGGAUGAUGAUGUUCUGAGGGCACGGCUAAAGACACUUGGAGUGUCAGAGCAUCGGUUUACUAUGAAGACAGGUUCCAUGGGAUCGCCCAUGAGCCAUGACUGGCGCGUGUUUGAUGUUGGUGGCCAGAGAUCAUUAAGAGCCGCAUGGGUUCCAUACUUUGAUGAUAUGAACGCCAUCAUAUUCCUGGCACCCAUAAGUUGCUUUGACCAGGUUCUCCAAGAAGAUCCGUCUGUAAAUAGAUUGGCCGAUUCUUUUCUUCUCUGGAAGGCCAUCGUAUCCAAUCCACUGCUGAAGAAGACAGAACUGAUACUGUUCCUAAAUAAAUGCGACAUCCUUCGUGCGAAGCUCGCAUCAGGCAUUCGAUUAGCUGAUUACAUCGUCAGCUACGGUAGCCGGCCGAAUGACUUUGAAAGCGCUAGUCAAUAUCUAAAAAAGAAAUUCGCUGGCCUACUAAAAGAGCAUUCUCCUGAGCGACUGUACUACUUCCAUCUUACAUCUGUAACUGACACAAAAUCGACGACAUACAUCCUCGAGAACGUGCAAGACGUUCUCGUGCGCGAUAAUCUGAAGAGAAGCGCGCUUGUAACAUAAUAUCCUAUUCCGCUCACCAUUCCUGCUCUCCAACACCUGAGAUACCUUCUCGCGACCACCCGCAAGCCCACAUCCAUGUGGUGAUCUACGUUGUACCAUAUCAGCCGUCUCGGCUAUAUCAGUCGCCAAUGCACUUUUAUACCUCGUGGACACUUUUUAGAUUUCGCCCC